UAUGUUGUUGAAGAUGGCUUCCCAACAGUUGCUGGGUGUGUUCAUUUUGACGACCUUUCUGCUGUUCACAGGUUGUCAUUCACACAAGCCAGCAUGUGGCAGAGUUUCAUCCAAAAAGACAAAUGGAGCUAAGGAUUCUUCUCCAGGAAGGUGGCCCUGGCAAGUCCUGUUGAAACAACACGGGUUCUUCUAUUGUUCAGGAUCCCUGAUCACCGACGAGUGGGUGCUUACCCAUAGAUACUGCUUGUAUAACCUGGACAAUACCACUGCUCACCUGGGAGUGGAAAUACAGACAAAGAACAAAGAUAGCUCUGAUGAAGAUGAAAUCUACGAGGAGACACGAUCUAUUGUCGAUAGUGAGUGCCAUCGUACACAUGGACAAGAUUACUUCGACACCAGUGACCUUUGUCUCCUCAAGUUGUCUGAACCUGUUGAACUGGACGAGGACAUACAGCCAGUCUGCUUGGCCUCGGCAAGCAGCACCUUAUUCGAUGGGACCACCAGCUGGUUUGCUGGUUUUACCCAAUACGAUGAAAAUUAUUCACCUACCAUGCUAAAGGAGAUAGCGACGCCAAUUGUGGGCACCAAGCGCUGUGCAUGCAACUAUGGUCACUACGUUGGGUCGACAGAGAAUUUAGUAUGUGCUGGAGAAAUGGAAGAAUGUCCGUUGUAUCAAAGCAUGGGGGGACCAUUGGUGAACAAAAAAGAUGACUUCUGGGUCCAGAGUGCAGUCAUGGUAUCUCCUGGUCACUGUGGAGAUGCUCAGUUCCCAGGAUUCUACACCCGUGUGUCUGAGUACCAAGAAUGGAUAAGUGAUGUCGUCAGGGGUGGCAUGAGACCAGAGUUUGUUACCUUCAAGUCACCGGACCUCGUCGAUAAAGAUGUGUUUUUCAUUUGUCCCAGCUUACAUGAAAGUGUAUUUGACAAUGGUGAAACCCUCAGCAGCAUCACUCACGUCUUCUCUCUGUCUCUUCUGGUUUUGCUCCAGGUUUUUUUCAGCUUUGUUGGAAUGUAAAGGUAGUUUCUUUACUCAAUAAUGGAGGUGUUUUAAAAAAGCUUUUUAAGUUCUUACCAGUAUAAUGUUCUACUUCCACUUUACUCGCGAGAAUUUCAUUUCUUUUAAGUGAUUCUGUAAAUCGGCUUUGAAUUGAAACUGUCCACGUGGAUGAUGUGGGAACAUAUGGAGGAAUAUUCUUUGUAAACAUUUAGGUUUGCCUUCAUAGAUCAUCACAAUAGCUUUAGUUAAAACACAUUUUUAAUGUUGCCCUAUUGCUAAAUUGUUGCGAUUGGCUAAACUUUGAUUAAAUUACUAUAUAAUGUAAAAA